AUGGAGCGCAAGUUGGCCGAUCGUCGAUCGAAUUUCAAGAAGAAUUUCGAGGAUCCUCGCCGCAAGCGAGAGGACCUGCAGCUGCAGAUUCGCAAGACGCAUCGCGAGCAGAACUUGGCAAAGAAGCGCGCGGAGGCGCUGGACGCUCAAGAUGGCAGGCUGGGAGGCGAUGCGAUGCUCGGCGUCGGCGGGGCGGCGGGUGGAGGCUCGGCGCCGGGAGUGGCUGGCCAAGAAAACGUCUUCAGCUUCGAACAUCUCCCGCAAAUGAUGGCGAUGCUCUCCAGCGGAGAUCCGCAGCAAGAGUUCGAGGCGACGGAGCAGUUCAGACGCGCUCUGAGCAUCGAGUCGAGACCCCCGAUUCAAGAAGUAAUCGAAGCCGGGGCAGUGCCUCUCUUUGUUCAGUUUCUCAAGCGGAGCGACCAGCCGCGCAUGCAGUUCGAGGCGGCGUGGGCGCUGACGAACAUCGCGUCUGGAACUCAGGAGCAAACGCAGGUCGUGAUUGAACACGGAGCAGUUCCCAUUUUCGUCGAGCUCUUGAGUUCCCCGACAGAAGAUGUCCGCGAGCAGGCAGUCUGGGCUCUGGGGAACAUCGCGGGAGACUCACCCCAAUGCCGAGACCUCGUUCUCCAGGCUGGCGUCCUGUCGCCUCUUCUCGCCCAACUGAACGACUCGGAGGCAAAGUUCACCAUGCAGCGCAACGCGACUUGGACUCUGUCGAACCUCUGCCGCGGAAAGCCGCAGCCUCCCUUCGAGUGGGUUCAGCCAGCGCUGACGACUCUGGCGAAAUUGAUUUAUUCAACUGACACAGAAGUCUUGACAGACGCCUGCUGGGCUCUCUCGUACAUUUCGGACGGACCGAACGAACGCAUUGAGGCCGUCAUCGAAGCGGGCGUCAGUCGUCGCCUGGUGGAGCUUCUGGGUCACAAGUCCACUCUCGUGCAGACGCCCGCUCUGAGAACAGUGGGCAACAUUGUGACAGGCGACGACCGCCAGACUGAGGUGGUGAUCCUUUGCGGCGCGGUGCCGGCGUUGCUGAUGCUGCUGUCUUCCCCGAAGAAAGCGAUUCGGAAGGAGGCUUGCUGGACCAUCUCGAACAUCACUGCAGGAAACCGAGACCAGAUCCAACAGGUGAUCGACGCAGGCUUGAUCCACCCGCUGAUCGAGUUGCUGAGCACAGCAGACUUCGAUGUGCGCAAGGAGGCAGCGUGGGCGAUCAGCAACGCGGCGUCCGGAGGGAGCAACGCUCAAGUGGAGGCGCUCGUCGAGUGCGGCUGCAUCAAGCCUUUGUGCAGUCUCUUGGCUGUGCAAGACAGCAAAAUAGUCUCGGUCGCGCUCGAGGCUCUCGAGAACAUUCUUCGCGUCGGGAAGGUGAAGAAGGAGCAGCAGCAGCUCGCGGAGAAUCCCUUCUGCGAGUUGAUCGAACAGGCAGACGGAAUCACGGUCAUCGAAAAGCUGCAGGACUGCGCUAACCAAGACAUCUACGAGAAGGCGUGGAGAAUUAUCUGCAACUAUUUCUCCUUCGAAGAAGCAGACGUGGACGACGUGGACGUAGACGGUGGAGUAGGCAUGGCGGACGCAGGGCAAGUCAACGCGUUCGGAGCAGCGCCGCCUCAGGGAGGCUUCAACUUCGGCCAGUAGAGAAGAGACUCUAGAGUGAGCAGAAACGAGAGAAGAACGCGGGCGAAAGAAGAAAGUGCAGGGCG